CGACAAUGGCGGGGCUGGGACGCUUCUUCAUCUUCGGCGUGGCGCUCGUGGUGGCGCUCGUGGCGCUGGCCUGGCCGCAGAUCGAGCAGCAGCUCGUCGCCAGCGGCUACAGCUGCCCGUACCCCUUCUCCAUGCUGCUCACGGGCAAGGGCGCCGAGAAGGAGGCGGCGGCGGAGGCCGAGGGGCUGCCCAAGUACACGCUGGACCAGCUGCGCAUGUACGACGGCUCGGACGAGGAGAAGCCCAUCCUGCUGGCGGUCGGCGGCAAGGUGCUGGACGUGACGUCGGGCGCCAAGUUCUACGCCAAGGGCAAGUCGUACAACCAGUUCGCCGGAACGGCCUGCACGCGUGCGCUGGCUCUGGGUUCGCUUAAGAAGGAGGAUAUCAGCGACGAUACCGCGGACUUCGACGACAAGAAGCUGAAGGAGCUGGACGAGACCAAGGAGUUCUACUACGAGAAGUACCCGAUCGUCGGAGAACUUGCUUAAGAAUGCGGUCGACGCUGCUGCUUUCAACGUGAAAGCACUGCA